AUGUCUGUCACAAUAGCUGACGUAAAUGGCGACAGCAAAGCUGAUAUUAUUGUCGCGUAUAGUAGCUCAAAUAACAUUGGUAUUUUCCUCAAUAGCGGUACUGGAACUUUUACUGCUCAAGCGAAUCUCCUUACCAUUGCCAGCGCCACAACACCAGUGUCUGUGACCACAGGCGACGUAAAUGGCGACAGCAAAGCUGAUAUUAUUGUCGCGUAUAGUAGCUCAAACAACAUUGGUGUUUUUCUCAAUAGCGGUACUGGCACAUUUAAUGCUCAAGCAAAUCCCCUUAAAAUUACCGGUGCCACCAGACCGGUCUCUGUCACUACGCAUGAUGUGAACGGCGACAACAAAGCUGAUAUUAUAGUCGCGUAUAGUGGUUCAAACAACGUUGGUGUUUUCUUGAACAGCGGUACUGGCACAUUUACUGCUCAAGCCAACCCCCUAACAAUUGCCGGUGCCACAACACCGGUGUCUUUGACCACAGCUGACGUGAAUCUCGACAAGUACCCGGACAUUAUUGUCGCUUACAAGGGUUCCAGCAACGUUGGCGUAUUCUUGAAUAAUGGUACUGGCACAUUUACUACUCAACUAGCUACUCUUGAAAUUGCUGGUGCCACAACACCGGUGUCUGUAACAACAGCUGACGUAGAUUCUGACGGUGAAGCUGAUAUUAUUGUUGCUUACAGCGGCUCAAACAACGUUGCUGUUUUCUUGAACAGUGUUACCAGCACAUUUACUGCUCAAGCCAACCUCCUUACGAUGGCCGGUGGCACAACACCGGUGUCUACGACAACGGCUGACGUGAAUGGCGAUGGCAAAGCUGAUAUUAUCGUCGCGUAUAGUGCUUCAAACAAAGUUGGUGUUUUCUUGAACAGCGGUGCUGGCACAUUCACUGCUCAAGCCAACCCUCUAACAAUUGUCGGUACCACAACACCGGUGUCUGUUACAACAGCUGACCUGAAUGCCGACAAGUACCCUGAUAUUAUUGUCGCGUAUAAUGGUUCAAUCAACGUUGGCGUUUUCCUGAAUAAUGGUCUUGGCUCAUUUUCUGCUCAAGGCUUACCCAUUUCAAUUCCCGGUGCCACAAUGCUAACAUAUGUGACAACGGCUGACGUGAAUGCUGACCUCAAACCUGAUUUGAUUGUCGCAUAUAGUAGUACAGGCACGGUUGACAUUUUCUUGGCUAAUGGUGCUGGCACAUUUGCUGCUACAGCCACCGCACUUACAAUUGCCGGUGCCACAACACCGGUGUCUGUUGCAACAGCUGACCUGAAUGCCGACAGCAAACCUGACAUUAUUGUCGCGUAUAAUGGUUCAAAUAACGUUGGCGUUUUCUUAAAUAAUGGUGUUGGCGCAUUUACUGCUCAGCCAACUCCCCUUACAAUUCCCGGCGCCACAGGACCGGCGUCUGUAACAACAGCCGACCUGAAUGGCGACAAGGUCGCUGAUAUUAUUGUCGCAUAUAGUGGUUCAAACAACGUUGGCAUCUUCUUGAAUAGUGGCACUGGAACAUUUACUGCUGCACCAAACCCGCUUACUAUUUCCGGUGCCGUAGCGCCGGUGUCUGUGACAACAGCUGAUGUGAAUGCUGACGGUGCAGUUGAUAUUAUUGUUGCUUAUAAUAAUUCAAAUAGCGUUGGUAUUUUCUUAAACAGUGGUGCUGGCACAUUUACUCCUGAAUCAACCACCUUUACUAUUUCCGGUGCCAUUGCACCAGCGUCUGUGACAACAGCUGACGUGAAUGGCAAUGGCAAACCUGAUAUUAUUGUCACGUAUAGUGGUUCAAACAACAUUGGCAUUUUCGUGAGCACUGUUAUUGCCACGUUUACUGCUCAAGCAGAUUUCCUUACAGUUACCGGCACCAAGACACCGGCCUCGGUGACAGAAAUGGACGUGAAUGCUGAUGGCCACGCAGAUAUUAUUGUGGCAUAUAGUGCUUCAAACAACGUCGCGAUUUUCUUGAAUAGUGGUACUGGCACAUUUACUGCUGAAGCAAAUUUCCUUGCGAUUUUCGGCGCCACAAUGCCGGUGUCUGUGACAACAGCCGACGUGAACGGUGACGCUAAAGGUGAUAUUAUUGUCGCGUAUAGUAGUUCAAACAACGUUGGUGUUUUCUUGCAUAGUGGUACUGGCACAUUUACUGCUCAAGCCAACCUCCUUACAAUUGCCAGUGCCACGACGCCGGUAUCCGUGACAGCAGCCGACGUGAAUGGCGAUGGUAAAGCUGAUCUUAUUGUUGCAUAUAGUGGUUCAGAUAACGUUGGUGUUUUCUUGAACAGCGGUACUGGCACAUUUACUGCUCAAGCGAACCCCCUAGCAAUUGCCGGUGCCACUACACCGGUGUCUUUGACCGCAGCUGAUGUGAAUGUCGACGGUAAAACUGAUAUUAUUGUUGCUUUUAAGGAUUCCAACAACGUUGGUGUCUUCUUGAAUAGUGGUAGUGGCACAUUUUCUGCUACUCAAGGAGCCACUUAUGGAACUCUCGCUAACUCAGCGCCGAUGUCUGUGACAACAGGCGAUAUGAAUGGAGACGGCAAAUUGGAUAUUAUUGUUGCAAAUAGUGGUACAAACGAAUUUGGCGUUUUAUUGAAUAACGGUGAUGGCACAUUUCCUGUCGCUCAAGUAGUCUUCUCCGCUGGUGCUGGCUCAGUACCAGUGUCUGUUGUGACAGGUGAUGUGACUGGUGACGCCAGACCCGAUGUCGUUGUCGCAAAUAGCGAUACAAACGCGAUUGGUGUUUUUAUCGAUGUUUGCAUUUAG